ACAGUGCUGGCCGUUUUUCUACAGUGGCGCAGAGCGGCUCACUGUACCGGCCCGCCAGGGUUGUGAGCCGGUGCGCCCUGUGGCCACCUUGUCGUGCCAGGCGGCAGCUACCCACGUGGUGCGUCAGGUGGUAGGGGACGCAGUGUGUGUGCGUGUCACGGUGUCACGUGGUACUGCACCUGGCGAUAUCACCACUGCCCGAUAACCUGCAGUGGCACCGCAAUCCGCGCCGAGCGGCACUGAUCACCAAGAUCCGGGUGUUGCUAAAAGAAGCGACAGCUGAGGGGGGAGAGGAAGAGUGAGGGAAGAGGAGGAGGAGGUAAUUACCGCCGCUGUCUCCGCCACCACCACCACCUCGCCCUGUCCACUCGGAGUGAGCAUGGGUUCAAGCUGGAGUCGGUUCGCAAGCGCUUAGGGCAACGAGGACGGCGACCUGCGUUGUCACCGGGCCUGAAUCACCACCGUUGCUAGGGGGAUUCACCGGAUCUCUUCUCGCCGGGCUGCCACCGCUCCCCUCACCGCCCCAAGACGACGGUUGACACGGGACUGUUGGAUUAGGAACACGAGCUGCACCUGCAGCGAUGUCAUGAGCCGGGUUGACUCAGCGGACAAGCAGGACUGUGCGGGGAGCUCAGCGGACAAGUGGGAGCUGCUGGGGGCCGCCGUGUGGAGUCAAACCCAAGGGAGGUUGCAUCGGCCGAACCCUAAAUUUGCCGGCGCUGUCCGGUGCAGCUCGGUGUUAGAGGAACUCGACGGAACGGACUCAAAGGCGCAAGCCCGGAUCUCAUUGUGGUGCCGUCACUACCGGGGCAUGCGUUGUUGAGCGGCGCCAUGAAGACGGGAGUCGCUGGGUGACGAGGAGAGGGAUGAUUUCUGCGCCACCUCAUCACGAGUCGCCAAUUUGCGGCGUUUCUCAGCGGGCGCCUCAUUUACGAAGCCUCGUUAGCGGUUGUGUAAUGAGGAGGCUCGCAGCAUUCCCAAUGCGCGUGCUUCGUGGGAGCCAGGUGUCUCCUUUGAUGUGUUAAUUUGUGUUAAUUAUAAACGUGGCAAGGGGUGGGGACUUCACGCGAGUGGGAGAAGGGGGUGUGGCCAACUGGCGUUCUAAACAACGACCCCUCACGCUAAAAGAUUAAUUUUGCACCGAGUGACAACAUCCCGGGUGGAUCAACCACGACACCCAACUCACUGCCCAGCGGUUACCACGUGGACGGUGUUGCCAGCCGGGUAGAUGAGAGGUGCGCGUGUCAGCGAACGAGCGACUGAGCUGCCGGUGCAGGUGAACGGCUGCACGGGUGCGUAGGUCGGAUCUCCUACGUUCGUCGUCUUGCUUGGGACCAAUUUGGCUGACGCUUCCCGUCGGCCGUGCGUGCCAUGGCGCCGAUCGGCUCGUGCCGCGUGUGCGGGCGCAAGCUGCAAGGCAAGCAGCGGCGAUGGCUGUUCCGGGGUCCUCACGUCCCACCAGGCCGCCCCCCCUCCUCGCCCGGCCCCCCCGGAUCCCCCGCGGCCUCCCCGCGCCGCCCGGAGCUGCACGUGGCGCUGGCGCACGUGACGCGUUGCCCGGUGCGGCCCGGCGAUGGCGCCUCGCCCUUCGCCUGCUCCAAGUGCGCCUUCAUGCUAGAGCGCGUGUACCGCUACGACGCGGUGGGGGCGCGCGUGCAAGCGCUGUCCCUGCAGCAUCUGCGCCGUCUGCUGCGUGAAAAGGAGCAGCUGGUGCAGUGCCUGCUGCACCUUUACGGCCGCACGCAGGGCCCCAUCGACGGCACCAUCGGUGACGACGUGGCGCUGGCGGACGCCCGCUACGACGCGCUGCUCCGUGCCGACCUGGAGCUGUCGGCGUUCGAGUGCUGGGCGGAGCCGGGACCCGACACCUCCGACGGGCCGCCAUGCCGCGGCCGGCGCUGCGCCUGCUGCUCGGGACUGCGCGUGCCAGACUGGGGCUACGAGUCGGUGUGCGGCGUGCCACGCCGGCUGCAGCACGGAACCAACGUCGGUGCCGCCGCAACAUUCAACGGUGCCGUUUCACCGAGCGGCGAAGAAGACGACACCGAGGAUUGCUGCUCAGCGUCUCUGCUAGUCUCUGCGAGCGUGUGCAGUGACGGCGCCGGCAGCGAGGUGGCGCCGUUUCUCGCCGUGCCGGAUCAGGAAGAAUCGCCUUUCCGCCGAGACGAUGGUAGUUUUCUGAAUUCCACGGACCUAUCGAAGGCCUCAUCUGCUGGGGAGCUGGUGCCCGAUGGGGCGAUCCCCUCUCAUAGGUGCCCCUUGCUGCAGGGGGAGCACCACUCCACCACCUUCAGCAGUCGCUGCUUGUGCCGCGACUUAGACAACUCGACGCAGGCUCCUUUGUCGCUGGCGGAAAACCCGGACCCCGGGCCCUGUCCCCUCUCAGAGGUGCUGCAUGCCAUGAGGGACAUCGGAUUCAGGCCGGUGCGUGGCGCCGUCGGGAGCCGGCUGCCAGUGCUGGUGCGGCUGCCCACCAUCGUCCCCGCCACGAGGGGCAGUCCCCCCGUGCCAAAUGCCCUCAAGCACACGCCAUCUCCGGCCCCCCCCUCCGUGCCCCCGCCGUGCUUUCGCCGGCUGGGCGCUGACGACAAUGACGACGACGAUGACGACCGGUGUAGCCUCUACGAGGAGCUGAUUGAUGACCUCUGUGAAGAGUAUUUGCCCUUCCAGUGCAAGAAGAUGACCGAGGAGCGGGAGGAGGAGGCCGGGCGGCUUCAGCGCUCUGCCGGGGAGAUGGCGGCCGCGUUGGCGAAGGCGCAGGCGGAGGCGAGGGAGCUGCAGGAGCACGUGCGCCAGCUGGAGAGUGCCGGCAAGGAGCUGCAGGAGAAGCUGGCGGAGAUGGCGUCGGAGCUGCGAACGCAGGAGCAGAACGCGCUGAAGCGAGACCGUGCCAUCCAGGGCCUCUCGCUCGCCAUGAAGGCCAAGGACAAAGAGAUCUCGGAGCUGUGCGAAGAGUUGGAGAACCGCGACGCGGCGCUGGUGAAGGCGCGUGACGCCACGCACAAGGCCCAGCUGCAGAAGUUCCACGGAGCGGAGGAACAGCACGCGCUGCUUACGCAGAAGGAAGAGGAGCUGUGCGAGCUGCGCGCGGCCACGCAGCGCUCGCUCACCGAGACACAGCGCGCCCAGCGGGCGCUGCGCCGUGCCGACGAGCGCCUCGCUGACGCCACGGCGCAGAGGGAUGCCGCCGAGGAAGAGAAGGAGGGCGCCGUGCUGGAGCGCCAGCGCGCAGAGCGGGGCGUGCAGGAGCUGCGCUCGGAGCUGGAGCGAGCAAAGCGCGAGCGGCGUGAGCGGGAGCUGGAGCUGGUGCAGGAGCACGAGUCGCACCGGCGCGACUGUGAGCACCGUUUGGCGUCGCAUGAGUUGCUGGUGCGCAGGCUCACCGACAGCCUGGCCGACCGCGACCGCCUGCUGCAGGAGUACACGGAGCUCCUACGAGGCUCGGACCAGCUCCCCGACGGGAAGGGCACCCUCAUCGCCGCCCUGCAGCAGCGACUCAACGAGCAGCACCAGCUGCUGGAGAGAGCGGACGAGGCGAGGAGUGCGGCCCUGCAGCACAAGGAAGCGGAGAUUGUGGAGCUGCGGCGGGAGCUGGCGGAGCGCUCGCGCGACCUGGAGCGCCUGCGUGCCCUCCUCGCCGGCAAGGACGAGACGAUCCAGGGUCUGGACGAGCUGAUGCGGGAGCGCGACGCGGAGCUGCAGAGGCUGGCGUCGGCGCUGAAGGAGACGCGACGCGCACGCGACGAGGCGGGGGAGGCGCUGGACGGCUCGCUGGCGGACGCGGAGCGGGCCCGCGCCUUGCUGGCGCAGCGCGAGACCGAGCUGGAGGCGGCGCGCCAGGCCCUGCUGGAGCGGGCCGAGGUGGGGGCGCAGGAGCUCGUGCGCCAGCUCACCGAGCGCCUCGCCGACAAGGAGCGUCUGCUGGAGCAGGCGCUGUCCGAGGGGGGGCGCCCAGGCGGCGACGCGCCGCGCGAGGGCCGGCGGCUCGCCGAGCUGCUGGCGCAGUUGCGCGACAAGGAGGAGUGCCUGGAGGCCGAGCGCGCCGAGCGGGCGCGCCAGCAGCGGGAGAUGGAGCAGCUCCGGCGCCGGCUGGCAGAGGCCGGGGGAGAGCGGUGGACGGAGAGGGAGGGAGACGCGGAGAGGGUGAAGGAGGGGGAUCCGGGCCAGGAGACGUUGACGCACGUGGAGCUGGGACGACUCCAUGCCGUGCUGCAGGAGAAGGACUCCAUCAUACACAGGCUUGUGGAGAACGGGCAGGAGAAGGACCGGCUACUCACCCUGGUGCAGGCGCCGCCCCGGACGCUGGAGCUAAAGCAGACGCUGCGCAUCUUGAAGGACGAGCGGGACAAAGAGACCCGGCAGAAUUUGUUGGGCGAGGAGGAGGAGGAGGAGGAGGACGACGAGGAUGAUGUGGGCUGUCACGAGGAGGAUGAGGAGGACGAGGAGGAGGAAGAGGAGGGUGGUGACGAUGACAGGACUGUACCGCCCCGCGCCGUUCGGAGGCGAGGGAGCCCCGCGGCGGGGCGAGCGGCCCUCCGGCAUCCGCUGGCGUCGUCCCCCGAGGCCUCGCGGUCCCAGGGAGCGCUUCGGCCAACGCAGGAGGUGGAGCUCUUGAACAAGGAGGUGGAUCGGUUGACACAGGAAGUGCACCGGCUGACACAGGAAGUGCUGCUUCUGCGAGUGCGGAGUCCAAGGAACCCGGUCGGAGCGAAACCGGAGACCGGCAGCGACGCCCACGAGCUCCUCUUGAUGGAGCAGGAACAGGAGGGUGGGAAGCUGCAGCAGCUGCUGCACGCAGAACAGCAGGUGUACCAGCACCUGGCUGCCCUGCCGCAGCAUGCGGACAGCCGCAGCCUGCAGGAGGAGCUGGCACGCGUGCGGACGCUGCGACUGCAGCUGCUGGACGGGCUGCGCGCCAAUCGCGAGCUGCGGCACAACCUGGAGGAGCUGUCGCGCGAGCUGGAGACCUCGCCAGGUGUCUCUGCUGUUCGUGAGCUGGCGCUGGAAGUGGAUCGCUUGCGGCAGCAGCUGGAGGAGUCGCAGCGGUGGAACGCAUCCCUUCAGGGACGACUCGGGCUCCACGUCGCGAACAACGACACGGCCCGCACAGACAGCCUCGUGAGCGGCUGGAAUCAGACGUCGUACAUGAGCUUCCAGCUGGCGGAGCCGGAGGGGCUGGAGGAGGAGCUGCUCGCACUGCCGCUCGCCGAUCUCCGUAACAAGGCCCUGCAGCUCACAGCGCAGCUCAAAGAUCUGCACUUGGCCAAUCAGGAGCUGGAGCGAAAGGUCGGGGAGCGCGAGUUGGCCAAUCAACUCGCGAGCUGCCGUCUGGACGAGGCGGAGAAUGAGAGGAAACAGAUGGAGGACGAGGUGAGGGCGACGAGGAGGAGGAUGGAGGAAGUGGAAGCGAUGACGAGAAUGAAGGAGGCGGAGGCGACGAGGAGGAGGAUGGAGGAGGCGGAGGAGGCACCGAGGGAGAUGACGCAGUCCCAUCGGCGGCUGGUGCUGGGCUCCGAUGGCAGCGACGGUGACGUGGUGGCGCUGCUGGAGAAGCAGGUGGAGGGGCUCCUGGCCGACCUCGCCGGCACCCGGGCGCAUCUGCGAGACGCGGAGGGGCGCUGGCGCCAGGCGGCGACGCGGCUCGAGGAGGUGGGCGCCCAAAACGACGAGCUGGAGCGGGAGCUGGAGGGCGUCACGGCGUGUUUGGAGGAGGAGGGUUUCCUGUCCUUCGACGAUUUGCGGGAGGAGCUGCGGCGGCUCCGUCGCAGUCCGAAGGCUCGUGAAGGGAAGGAAGGAGCGGCGCGGAUCACGGGAGCCACCACGGAGGACGUGGACGCCAGCGGGAAGCCGCCGGCACCCGAGCCGGCCGAGCUGGUGCAGCGCCUGAGCGAUGCCGAGCGCGUAAACGAGCUGCUCCGGCGCCAGCUGGAGAUGAACACGAGCGUCGACGGCGACAGCAGCUUCAACCCCGACCUCAUCGUGGGCAUGGCGUGCGAGAUCGAGCGCCUCAAUGCGGAGCUCGGUGCUAUCCGGCAGCACCAGCUGUCGGCCGAAACGGACCGGUGCACGUCCUCCUCCGUCGACCGGAGCGAAGGCGGCGCCGCUCUCGGCGAAGAGCCGCUGUCACCGCUGUCACCGCUGUCAGAGCCGCCACCCUCACCGUCGCGCGUUGUGGGGUCAAAGGCCGGGCGGAAAUCGCGGCUGCCGGUCCCCAAGAGGCCGAAGGUCUCGGCAGCAGUAGUGGCCGCCCCUCCUCCCGCCCGCUGCUCCGCUCAGUCCGAUGCCCUCUCGUCUCCAAUGAGCGGUCACGCGAUGCUGUCCGAAGGUCACGUGACAAUAUCCGGAGGUCACGUGAUGCCAACCGCAGGUCACAUGAUAUCGGUUGAAGGCCAUGUGAUGCCGGUCGGAGGUCAUACGCCACCGGCAGGAAGUCACGCGACACCGGCUGGAACUCACGCGACGGCGAUCGAAGGUCACGCGGCACCGGCCGGACGUCACGUGACUUCGGCCGGCGCACGCGCGACCACCCCGGGCGGCGCCGACGCGGCUCAGCGCGAGGGUGGCGCGGGGCCGUGCGAGGCGGACUCUUCGCGGGUGGAGCUGGAGCACAUGCGAGCGGCGCUGGAGGACUACAAAAAGCAGAACCGCGCGCUCGAGGAGCGGCUCCUCCUGGCGAACAAUGCAGCGGCGCCACCAGGGCUGCUAGCGCCGCCACCGAGCGGAGAGGCGAGCCUGGCCUGCAAGGGAGUGCAGGUGGAGGUGCAGGACCUGGGCUAUGAGACGUGCGGGCGCAGCGAGGCAGAGGACUACUCCGGUGAGACGCCGCCCGGCGCUCUCGCCCCGGGGCCAGGCCGUGUGGCUAAAUGCCCCGGUGGGAUCGCCCGCCACGGCAGCCGGGACGCCAUCUUCCCUGCCGCCGGCGCCACAGCCGCCGCGGCCGCCGCCGGCAAUGCCGCGGCCGCCGCCGGCGAUGCUGCGGCCGGUGCCGUCGACGCCCCGGGGCUGCGCCGGCAGGUAGAGGACCUCAACGCGCAACUGGGAAACUACCGGCAGAUCGUGCGCGAGCUACAGGCCCGCCAGCGCGGCCGUGACGGCGACGGAGUCGCGGCAUCGGCGGACGUCGUCGGCACGGAUGGCGUGGGCGGGCACCGCCACGGGCAGCCCAAGGCAGUGGCGCGCAGCGACUCCUGCAACGGCUCCGACUCGGCACAGGGCUCGGAGCACGACGGCGACGGCACGCCGUCCUCCGGCACGCCGAGAUCCCCCGCGGUCGUGGGCGUCGGCCCCGGGCCGAGCCGGGGGGAUCUGUCGCGUCCGGCCCAGAACGGGGGGGACCCCUUGGAGGGCCCCCGUUGCGCCGCGGACACUGACGGCGGGCGACGCGACGGCGAGGAGAGCGACGGGUCACCGGCGUCGGCCGCGGGGACGGCCACGGCGGCGUGGAUGCGGCAGCUGUCGCGCGAGGCGGAGCGCGAGGUGACGCGGCUCAUGGGCCAGGUCGGCCGUCUGGAGGAGCAGCUGCACGACACCAAGCGGCUCAACCGGCAGCUCAAGGAGCAGCUGCGCGGCCUCCACGGCAAGAGGGACAGCAGCGGCAGCGCUGGCGAGGGCCCGCGGCUGGACUCGCUGGUGCAGGCGCAGGCGCGGGACCUGUCGGAGCUGCGCCAGCGGCUGCGCUUGAGCGCGCGGCUGUGCGGGGAGCUGCGCGAGCGCCUCUGCACGCUCACCAAGGCGCUGGAGGAGCUGCUGAGCUCGGGUGACGUGGACUACUACGCGGGCGAGGGCGUCCGCAAGCAGCUGGGGCGCACCGCCCACCUCAUGGACAAGCUGCUGUCCCGCAUCAACUCGGCAGAGGGGGCCCCUGAUGGAGGACGUGCGGAGAGCGGCGACAAAGACGACACCGUCAAUGGUGCAGGGGGAUCCCUGCAGCACGAGGUGGCCAUGCUGAGGAAGCAGCUGGAGACCGAGCGGCGUCACCUGACCAAGAAGCUGCAGGAGGCGACGCGGCGCAGCGAGGCGCAAGCAACGCACACGCACACGCGCAUAGAGAGGCUGGAGGAGGAGCUCCUGGAGCGGGACCGGCUGAUCGAGGACCUUCAGCAGCAGCUGUCGUCUCCGCCUCCAUCGCCCUCGGCCUGCGACGACCGCUUCCUGCGCCCGCGUUCCGCCUCCGGGUCGGGUCGCUCGAGCCACUCGCGCUCCCGAGCCGGCUCCACGUCGGGAUCCGUCUCCGGGUCGGACGGAUCCGUUUCUGGUUCCGCCCCACGCUCGUGGAACCGCUCCUGCUCGCUGAGCUCCGAGCGCGAUUCGCUGGACCGCAAGUCGCUCGCCGAGGAGGAGGAUGGCGACAGUUUCCAGGAUCACUACAACCCGGCCAGAGGGCCAGGGGAGCGUUACCGUGACGACCAAAGGAGGGCAGCGCCGGGGGCGGUACCCGCGGCGGCGGUGGCGGCGGCGGUGCCUCGGGGUUACCAUAGCGACGCGGAGGUCCUGAACCGGGGGCCUUGCGGUUACCACGGAAAUGGGCUGGCGCACAGCCUGUCCGGGUUCGGAAGUGCCGAUGUGUCGUUCGAGCAGCGGGGUUACCAUAGCGACACGGGCCACGCAGGAUUGGCUGCUGGACAUCACGCCUCCCAUCAUGCGCUAGCUGCGCAGGCGUACGCCGCCGCUGCCGCCGCCGCCGCAGGGGCGCCGUUCGGAGCGGCGGAAGGCGCCAAGAAUCUGGCGCUCGUCGUGCACGGCGCGGAGAACCGAGCACUCGACGCGCACGGCUGCAUUUACGCGAACGCCCCCACCGCAGGAGCGCCUGGCCUCUUCCUGCCGUCCUUUCCUUCUCACUCUCGCGCCCUCGAGCUGUGCCGCCCCCCACCGUUAACGGCGGUGCCGGCGCCAGUGGCCGAGGGCCCCCCCCAUCGGCCGGGCCUGCCCUACACGCGGCCGCCCCCUCCGGGCCAGGGCCGCCCUCCGCUGGGCCCCCACGCGCACCCCCCGGCCCUCUGCCUCUCCGACAUCCAGCGGGAGCUCGACCUCCUGCAGAGGCAGCUGGGAGAACGCUCGGCAGAGAUGGCGCUGGCGGGGCAACACCAGCAGCAGCAACCGCACCAGCAGCAUCACGAGCAGCAGUCGCAGCUGCACCAUCACCAGCAGCGCCAGCAGCCGCACGGAGCGCCGGGCUGGCAGGGCGGCGCCGCCAAAGCAUUUGCGGCGCCGGUUGCCGGCGAGACGGCGCCGCCGGCGCGCGACACCGCGCUGCGGGAGCGGAACGAGACGCUGCACGAGCGUCUGCGCGGAGCCGAGGAGCUCAACGCCACGCUCAGGGCCGAGCUGGAGCUGCACCACAGCCUGCUGGGCAGCCCCGGGCAGGGGCAGCUCCAGGGGGCGCGGUCGGGACAAGGGCAGGGGCAAGGCUGGGCCCGGGAGGCGCCGUCACCCCGGAACGUGGAGCAGCCGACGGCGCCCUCGCCCGUGUUCCCCAGCAGGAACACCGCAGAGCUGCUGGAGGAGCACCUGCGGGAGAUCCGUGCUCUGCGACGCCGUCUGGAGGAGUCGAUUCUCACCAACGAGCAGCUCCGGCGCCAGCUGGAGCAGCGGCUCGCCGACUCGGAGCACGGCAACUCCACCAACAUCUACAUUCAACGCUCGGAGGAGAACCGCUGGCACCGCGAGCGUAGCGGACCCCACGACGCCGGCUCGGAGGAAGAGGCGGUCCUCAGGGAGGCGCUGCUGCGCAAGACGGAGGAGCUGGAGCAGCUCGGCGCCGAGCUGGACGCGUCACGCUCGCAGCUGGCGCAGCGCCAGUCCGAGCUGGACGCGGCGCGGGCGGCCGGCGAGCGGCUCCGGCGCGAGCUGGAGGAGACGCGGGCGCGGGACGGGAGAGGAGACCCGGCGGGCGAGCGCCGAACUGGAACGGGCCGACCGGGAGCGGGCGGGAGCCAGGCCGAGCUGGAGCGCGUGCUGGCGCAGGCGAGGGAGGCGGCGUCCUGAACUGGAGGUGGCGCGGGAGAGGCUGCGCGGCGCCGAGCGGGCGGGGGAGGAUCUGCGCGCCGAGCUGGCGGCGGAGCGGGGCGAGCGCCGGAGGGCGGAGGCGGAGAAGGGAGAGAGGG